AUGUACCGUGCGCUGUACGCCUUCCACUCGGCGGAGCCCAACGCGCUGGCGUUCGGCGCGGGCGAGACCUUCUUGGUACUGGAGCGCAGCAGUGCGCACUGGUGGCUGGCGGCGCGGGCACGCAGCGGCGAGACGGGCUACGUGCCACCUGCCUACCUACACCGUCUGCAGGGCCUAGAGCAAGAUGUCCUCCAGGCCAUCGAUCGGGCCAUCGAGGCUGUGCACAACACAGCCAUGCGUGAUGGUGGCAAGUACAGCCUGGAGCAGCGAGGAGUCCUCCAGAAGCUGAUCCACCAUCGGAAGGAGACCCUGUCUCGUAAAGGCCUCUCAACCUCUAGUGCUGCAGUAAUGCCUGCAUCCACCAGUGACCAUCAUUUGGAUGCUGCUGCUGCUAGGCAGCCCAAUGGGGUCUGUCGAACCGGGUUUGAACGGCAAUACAGCUUGCCUAGUUCUGAACAUCUUGGGGCAGAUGGAGCCCUCUACCAGGUCCCACCUCAGCCUCGCCGUGCAGCACCCACUACACCACCCCCACCUGUGAAGCGCCGAGAUCGUGAGGCCCUGAUGGUCUCAGGGAAUGGUGGCCGCAACACCACGCCCUCUGGGUGUAGUUCGUUGUCCAGUGGCUCCUUGGUCAACAGCACUUCUCUGGAUACGCUCUGUACUGGCUCCAGCCCCUCUGAGUUGGGCAUUGGCUGCUCACCUACUCCCCCACCUGUGCCACGCAGAGGCGCCCACACGGUGUCCCAAGCCCUGCCCUCUCCGUCCAAAGCAUCAGCUCCUGAGUCCCCUACAGAGGAGGUGGUGGUUUGCACGACUUCAGCCCCUGAUGACUUGGAGUCCCUGGGCACUCUGAGUCUGGGGACCACAGAAGAGAAGGCAGCAGCUGAGACUACAGUGCCCAGGACCAUUGGGGCAGAGCUGAUGGAGCUUGUGCGGAGAAACACCGGCCUGAGUCAUGAAUUAUGCCGCGUGGCCAUUGGUGUCGUGGUGGGUCACAUCCAGGCCUCUGUGCCAGCCAGCUCACCUGUCAUGGAGCAGGUCCUCCUCUCACUGGUGGAGGGCAAGGAUAUGAGUACAGCUCUGCCCUCUGGGCAGGUCUGCCAUGACCAGCAGAGGCUGGAAGUGAUCUUUGCGGACCUGGCUCGGAGGAAGGACGAUGCCCAGCAGCGUAGCUGGGCCCUCUAUGAGGACGAGGGCGUCAUCCGAUGCUAUCUGGAAGAGCUGCUGCAUAUUCUGACUGAUGCAGACCCUGAAGUUUGCAAAAAAAUGUGCAAGAGGAAUGAGUUCGAGUCUGUCCUGGCCUUGGUGGCCUAUUACCAAAUGGAACACCGAGCAUCACUGCGCCUACUGCUCCUCAAGUGCUUUGGGGCCAUGUGUGGCCUUGACGCAGCUGUCAUCUCCACGCUUGUGUCGUCUGUGCUGCCUGUGGAGCUGGCACGGGACAUGCAGACAGACACACAGGACCAUCAGAAGCUCUGUUACUCUGCGCUCAUCCUGGCCAUGGUCUUCUCCAUGGGAGAGGCAGUGCCCUAUGCACACUACGAGCACCUGGGCACACCCUUUGCUCAGUUCCUGCUGAGCAUUGUCGAGGACGGGCUGCCCCUGGAUACCAUGGAGCAGCUGCCGGACCUCUGCAUGAACCUGCUUUUGGCUCUCAACCUGCACCUGCCAGUGCCUGACCAGAAUGUCAUCAUGGCCGCCCUGAGCAAACACUCUAAUGUCAAGAUUUUCUCUGAAAAACUACUGCUUCUGCUCAACAGAGGAGAUGACCCUGUGCGCAUCUUCAAACAUGAACCACAGCCACCACACUCUGUCCUCAAGUUUCUGCAGGAUGUAUUCAGCAGCCCUGCCACAGCUGCCAUCUUCUACCACACCGACAUGAUGGCGCUCAUUGACAUCACCGUGCGGCACAUCGCGGACCUCUCACCUGGAGACAAGCUGCGUAUGGAGUACCUCUCCUUGAUGCAUGCUGUGGUCCGUUCCACAUCCUACCUGCAGCACCGCCAUCGACUCUCAGACCUGCAGGCUACACUGCGGCGCAUACUGACGGAGGAGGAGACCUCACCCCAGUGCCAACUGGACCACAUGAUUGUCCAAGAGAUGUGCAAGGAGUUCCCAGUGCUUGGGGAGGCCCCCAGCUAGCACCUUCCUUUCCCUCAUUCCCUGCACCUCUGGGAAGUGUGCAGGGGACUCAGAAUGUUUUGCACUGACAUUGUGAGGGGAUAAGUGGGUAGAGGGCCCUGAGCAGGGCCCCCAGGUAGGUCCAAUGCAAGAGGCCAAGUGUAGGAUUGGGGACCACAGUCUGGGAAAUACACUGGGGCAGAAGAAAUAUACAAGCAGAAGCCCCUUUAACCCUGGUAAUCUGCUGCUUCAGCAUGCCUCACCUCUGCCUCACCCCACCUCCACCCCAAACCCCCUGCACAGUCCUACUGCUGCUCCGGGCUGGGCCAGAGCCGCAUCCCUGCCCACCUGGCCUGUGCCCUGGGCCUCUGCAAGCCAUGUUCUUGGGGUGAGGGAAGGUGCUGCCCACCAGCUCUGCUCUUUGCCUUAGCUUCGCAGUGAGUGUUGCUCAUAUGCUGUCAAACCCCAUGGGGUCACUGCCCCUUGCUCUCAACCCGGGAGGCCUUGGCCAAGCUGCCGCUGUGAAAAGUGGAAGAUACCCAAGAACAUCCAGGAGACACACCAUCCACUGUGUGUGGCACUUCAUGGAAUAGGAUGGUGAUGCUGAGAAAGUCAAUGACAGAAUCUAUUUUCUCUAAAAAUGUAGACUGAAAAGUCAUGUGUAUUUUCCUAUGUGCUAUAGCUCAACUUUGGAAAUAAAUCAAAGGCGUCUGGAAUCAUGUUUUCCUGUGGGACCCUGGAGGGGUGGCACUCACGAUCUUGUCAUCUGGCUUCAGAGUUCUGCAGCCCAAAGAGGUGACAGACUGGUUGGCCCAUUCUAGCCUAUGUGUCCUGAGUGUCCUUCUGGGUCUCAGCUUUGCAGGUGGCUCCACUUCCAGCCUCUCCUGUGAAAACCACCCCUUUCUUCCCUGUUGAACUUUCCUGAACUAUGUUCUCCUACAUAGCUAUUCUCAAAUGAAGCAAGCCCUUUCUGAGCCGUGCUUUCCCUGAAUACAUAGGCCUUGUCUGGCUUUUAUUUCCCUUGUCACCCAGAUCGGCAUUAUACCUUCAUU